CCCGUGAGGUUGGAGCCCCAGACAGCAUCAUGCCUGAGAGGGGCCAAGGUAACUUGAGGACUCCCGGCUUCCUCCUCAUCUUCUCCCUGCUGCUGGGGAAGCUCUUGGGUUUUGCUGCACCUCCAGAAUAUUCUGGAGAAGGGUCACUUGUCUUAGAAGAAACAACCCCUCCAGACCCGGUGGAAGUGUACAUAGAACCGUCGUUUACCACAGAACAGGGAGAAAUUGAUGCGAGCACACCAGAGGACCCCCAAAUUUCAGCUACGUCUCCCUCAGUUGCAUCAGAGGGGGAGGGUGUGGUGAGCCCAGAGUUUCUGGUAAUGGUGGGGGUCCCACUGCUGUUACUGCUCCUGCUGCCUUUGCUGGUGGUGUUCCUUGUAAGACACAAAAAAAGAAGAAAAUCCAAGCCAGAUGAACUGGGAGGUGAAAACGUCAAAAGCCCUAUUUUUGAAGAAGAUACGCCCUCCGUCAUGGAAAUAGAAAUGGAAGAGCUGGAUAAAUGGAUGAACAGCAUAAACAGAAAUGCGGAAUGUGAAUGUCUACCCACAGUCAAAGAAGAAGAGAAGGAGUCAAACUACAACCCAAGCGAUGCUGAAUCCUGAAGGUGAACAGUGCCCAUGUAUUUCCACGAGGAACAGCUCACAAGGGAGUCUACAAAGCCUGCCAACAGAGGAUGAAGUGGAUAAGAAUUUAAUUAAUUUCAGAUAACUAUAGACACAAGAACCUUUCCUUUUCCUUGCUGCGCCCACUCUUCAUACUGCUGAUGACAUCACCUGGACCUGGAGGGAUGUACUAAGGCAGACAUGCUGGAAACAAGCUCUGGCUUCAGUCCACAAAUCCCUGAAGUUCCCUAGUACUGGAUCCACAGCCUGUGGUUGUCCUUUCCUCUUCCUCAACCUUCCAUUGACUGUGGCAAUGACUCUACCUCACUGUACUCACCUGUGGGAAAUCUUUGCUACCUUUCUGAGUUCUUCACUUUACAUAUUCUUUCUUUCCACAUCCAUGAGUUCCUUUGGGUAACCUCAUUGCCUCACUUGUUUUGCAUGUGUCUGUAGACCAUGCAUCUGAUGGUAGAUAAGGCAUCAACUGUAUCAUGGCAGUGGCUCCACCCCAAUUCACAGUUUUAAUUUAAGACAUAAUCUCAAUGAGGACUGAUAAAUCUGUCCCUAUUUCACAGGUAACCCAUAACCCUACUGAAGUGCUGGGUGACUUGUAGCCCAUCAUCACCAGAUCUAGACAAGUUCCUUUAAACACCAGAUCUUAAACAGUCCUUGAAGAUUCAGGAAGGGGCUUGCAACAGUCAUACUUCCUUUCAUGCUGAGCUUUCUCUUGAAGCAGAAAUCACCUUCAACUUUGGUCAAUUCCUUCCCCUAACUCAGGCAGGUUCUUAAGGCACUGCUCACUCUUGGUGUUUAUGUUGGUGGGGAAGAGGAAUAGAAGAGAAUGAAUGAACUUGUCCCUCAUAACAAGCAAAGAGGAUAAGAUGCUGAGGGCUAAUUUUAUUUCUCAGAAAAA